AUGAUUAUUCGAGUCCAAGGAAGAGACAGAACUAUGCGAAUUGAGGUUCUGCAGACCACAACAAUUGCACAGAUAAAAGAAGAGGUGGCCAAGCGGGUGAAUUCGCUAUGCACCGACAUCAUGCACAAUGGAAAGAGCAUAGAUGGAACAGUAGGUGAAAAUGGCCUAGAGAAUGGAGAGAUGCUCUCUGCUGAGUAUGAGGUUGAGAAGCCUGCUGAGGAGGAGAGGGAGCCGUCUUUGGACGAAAAAAACACGCUGUGCAGCCACGGGCCAUCUGGUAUGUGCAGCAAUUGCAUGGCAGAAGACUCCUGGGUGUCAGAUCAGUUCAAGGAGCGGAGGUUUAUCUCGCAGGGUGCAUAUGAAGAGUACCUAGCGUCAAAGGAAAAGACACUUCUGAUUGAAACACAUCUGCCGCCUGCCUGCCGCACCCAUCGCCCAGAGCACCGGUGCAAUAAGUGCCUGCCAAAGGAGAUCUCUCUUGGCCAGCAGCCGUUUAGACCAAUAGACCACAUUGAGGUGCACGACAGAGGAAUCCUGGAGCAAAUUCUCAUUGAGCAGAAAGAGAUGAAUGUGCAGUCAGUCCAUUUUCUGGUUGGGCGAUACUCAGAGUAUGCCGACGUGCCAAAUGGCCGAAAAGCAGAGGUAUUUACCACAAUCACACCAAACCAAAAAGGGCUGGUGGAUGGUUUCAUCAUAGAUCCAAAUGACAAAAUGCUGACAGGUUCUGACGAAUCUCUGAAGAGAGUUCUGGAUCUACUGCAAAUGGAGAUAGUUGGGAUGGUGUACACAAGAAUAACAAACGACCCGACGCCAUACAUAACUGCCCUGGAGAUAGCAUUUAUUGCAGAGAUGCAGAACCGAUUUGCUGAGUGGGCUGCUGAGGAAAGAAAAGGGUCCAAGUUCGUAACGCUGAUCCUCAGCGGAACUUCAUCAUCAUCUGAAAUACUUGAGUGCAUGGUCACCCACCUUGGGAUGGAGCUUGCUUUGGACGGUCUUCUGCAGGCAUCUGUAAAUCCUCUUGAAAUGUCUGCCAAGUCGGUGGAUGUAACAUGGAGGGACAAAGAGGGGUCGCACACAGGCAGCAGAAUACCUGUGGAGUAUCUGGCUGUGCGCCCAACGCACGGGCUUACCCAAAAUAGAGGCAUAUUCUGUAUAAACGCAGAAAAGAGCCCUUUUAGACGGGGCAUGGGGCUGAGCAAACUAAAAAAACACUUUCAGAAGCGGCUGUCUGAUGAAUCCAUAUGUCAGGUGAGCCUGAGAUCCGUAUCAGAUAUAGAGGUGCUCUUAGAGCUGGCAGACAUGGGUGUUCUCUCAGACGAGCUUGCAGCAUGUGUUUCUCUUGCGGACUCUGAAAGGUUUAAAGACGAUGUGCUAAAUGGGAAGCUAGAGGAGCUUGUAGAUAUUGCAAAGGACUGCAGAGAGAAAACCGCAUGGGCAUGCAAUGUAUGCACUCUGGAAAACCCCGCAGGCCGGACAGUUUGCGAGGCAUGCGGCUUUGAAAAAGGCUCCUACUAG